AUGCUGCGCGCGCCGCGGACCCUGGCUCCGGCCGCCGCUCAACCCACAAAGAGCUUGCCCGCCUUGAACCCCACCGAGCUGUGGCCUCCGGGGCUCGGCAGCCCCCAGCUCUGCCCGGCCACCACCACCGCCACCGCCACCGCCUACUACACUUCGCUUUACACGCAGACGGUGCCUUCCUCUGCCGCGUUGGGCACUUGCCUCGACGCCACCCCCCACGGACCCGAGGGCCAAAUUGUGCGAUGUGUACCCGCGGGCCGGCUGCCGGCCAAAAGGAAGCUGGACCUGGAAGGCAUUGGGAGGCCCACCGUCCCUGAGUUCCGGACCCCCAAGGGGAAGUGCAUCCGAGUGGAUGGUUUGCCAAGCCCCAAAACCCCCAAGUCUCCCGGGGAGAAGACACGCUAUGACACGUCACUGGGGCUGCUCACCAAGAAGUUCAUUUACCUCCUGAGCGAGUCGGAGGAUGGAGUCCUGGACCUCAACUGGGCAGCCGAGGUGCUGGAUGUGCAGAAGCGGCGCAUAUAUGACAUCACCAACGUGCUGGAGGGCAUCCAGCUCAUCCGCAAGAAGUCCAAAAACAACAUCCAGUGGGUAGGCAGGGGAAUAUUUGAAGACCCCACCCGACCUGCGAAGCAGCAGCAGCUGGGGCAGGAGCUGAAGGAGCUGAUGAAUGCGGAGCAGACCCUGGACCAGCUCAUUCAGAGUUGCUCGCUGAGCUUCAAGCACCUGACCGAGGAUAACGCCAACAAGAAAUUGGCCUAUGUGACCUAUCAGGAUAUCCGUGCUGUAGGCAACUUCAAGGAGCAGACAGUGAUUGCAGUUAAAGCCCCUCCUCAGACAAGACUGGAAGUGCCGGACAGGGCAGAGGAGAACCUGCAGAUUUAUCUGAAGAGCACCCAAGGGCCCAUUGAAGUCUACCUGUGCCCAGAGGAAGUGCAGGAGCCAGACAGUCCUGCCAGGGAGGCUCUCCCCUCCACCUCUGGCCUCAGCCCCAUCGCUGACGGCGCUGAGCCCAGCUGCAGCACCGACCCUGGGACCCCAGAGACCACAGCGUCUUCAGUACUGAUGCCCCAGCCGGUCCCGCCACCGCCACCGCCAGCACCAUCCCUCGUCCCCUUGGAAGCCACUGACAACAUGCUGGAGCUGACGCACCCCCUUCUGCAACAGACUGAGGACCAGUUCCUGUCCCCAAUCCUGACAGCCAGCUCCCCUCUGAUCAGCUUCUCCCCGCCCCUGGACCAGGACGAGUACUUGUGGGGCAUGGAUGAGGGUGAGGGCAUCAGUGACCUCUUCGACUCCUAUGACCUUGGGGACCUGUUGAUUAACUGAAGAGUCCUGCCUCUGUCUCUACCUCCCGACAGACAGACUGACAGGCUCUCUCCCCAGACACGGGGGAUGCUGGACGCCAGGUGUCACCCUCCGUGUGCGAGUGGCUCCGUUCCAGCCUUCCUUCAGGUGGAGGCCAGCCAGGGGGAUAUGGGUGAGGAGUGUAUCAGGGGCUGGGCCCUGAUCCUCCUCUUGUAACCUCUGACCCCUUCACGAAGGACCACAGGUACAAGCGACCACAUUCAGGGAAAGGGUCUGCUGUCUCCUUCUGAGGGCAGUUGGUCCCUGGCUUUCUCCAGAAGCACUUAACGCCUUUGUAUUUAUUUCAGGUUGAGUUAUGUUUGUUUGUCCGCCCUGAGUUUUAGCAGGGAGAUUUGUUCCUGUUUCUCCUCAGACCGGCCCACCCAUACCCACUGCCUACGGGCACACCUGGGCUUCCCGGGGCCCGUGCCAACUCCUUGGUCGUUCUCCGGCCCCACAGUGGUGCCUGGGUCUUGAGGAGACUAUCCAGUUUGCUUGAAUAUUAAUUGCACUUAGGCCUUGUAAUUCUAGAAAGUGCCAGGCCCAGCCAAGGGCAUCAGCCAUCCUAGAGAGGUUCCAGUAGCUAUCCCAGAGGAGGUAGCCAAGGAGGCUUGAUUCCUAUUGGAUCCCUUAUUCUUUUUUAUUUUUUAUUUUUUGGAUCUCUUAUCUUGCCUGAGCCUCAGAAUGUACAUACAGGCCUUCAAGGGUUAACCCGGAAGAGCUCCCAGGAAAAAGCAGGAGGCACGUGUCGUGGCUCCUGGAGCCUCUGCCUUGGAGCUUCUGGGGUGUCUUCCUAGUCCUGGUCAGAGACCUGGGCGGUAGAGGCUGAGACAAGUGUGAGAAGAAAACCGACAUCCUGUGGGCUGCCCACACUAGCCUGGGAGGAUUAUUUUGUUUCUUGGUCACAGUUGUUGAGGGGGCGGGAAGAUUGCUUAGGUACUCCAAGCCUUCCUAAGCCCUCACUCCAUUUCUAAGGACUAAGAAGUGACUGGAGCCUGGGAGCAGGUUUGCACCCGAUCCCUCCUCCUGGGAGUGCUGGGGGGUGACAGGAUGGGGGUGGGCUUCUUCACUGCAGACUAGGCCUCAGCAGCUCAUGAGGAGACAGCCGGUGCCUGCCACCUCUCCUGGUGUGGGGACACUCGAAGCACCGUGGGCUUCACUUCUUUUUCCAUAGACCGACCAUCCAGGGUUCCAGGGGUCAGAUGGCGAGAGGGGCCCUGCUUUUCUCUCUUGACCAUCCUGAGACAGAGAAUGGCAGAACUAAGGCCAUGUGUUCUGUAGAGGUGCACCCAGGGGUGAGGGGGCCUAAGAGGCCUUCCACCCACCCUCAGGGAGCUGGGGUUCCUCAGGGGCUCAGCAGGGCAGCACUUUUGUUGUUGUUGUUGUGAGUUUGUAGCAUUAAAUUGAUUUAAAAGGUGAAAUUGGCUCUGCCAGGCAGCUCCGAGCUGGCUGACUGGCAUUAAAAGUUUGGAUGUUGAGCUCAUCUGUACUGAAGCCCAUUUGGGUUAAUUUGUCUUAUCCUUGGCUCAACUUCCUCCCUCCUCCCCCUGCCCUGAGUUAGUCCCCUCCAAGGAGUGGUCAGUGUCUCACUGCUGCCCCUCUUUGAAGUUUGUAUACUUUGAUACACAUGUCCAACCUUUGACAUAUGUAUUCUUGUCCUCCAUAAAGUUCACACUCAAAAACUGCACAGUUAAGCUACCAAAAAAAAAAAAAAAAAAGCUCAUGAUGUCUUAAGUACGUUUACAAUUUUGUGUUGGGCUGUGCUCAUAGCUGUGGCCCAUGCUGCAGGUUGGACAUACCUGCUAAAGAGCUGUCUAGGGUUUCUUACCAAACACCAGGUCUUAUCAGACCAUCUGGAAACCCAGCAUGCUCUCGACACAAGGUGACCCUCAAGCGAUGAGGAUGCUACCUGGGAUCCAGUCUGAUGCUCCCAAGGCCGCCCGAGGCCAGGGACGGCAUUGCUGAUCUCGGGUCACUCCCAUUUAGCAAUGUGCCAACUCGGAGAGCAGAGAUGCCUGACCUCCCUGCCUUGGGCUCUGGGUGGAGAGCUGGGGUUAGGGGGAAGAGGGCUGUCAUUCCUGUCUGGAGUGGGGCUAUAAUGCAGUUCAGAUUCAGUCACCAAAUGCCGGGCACAGGGAUGGAGUCCUUCCGAGGAGAUGCCUCCUGCUGUCCUGGCUGUCUCUUUUCAACCCUGCUUGGUCCAGGGGCUGGACCUCCCGGAGAAGCCCCAAGGAAACAAGCUCAUGCCGCUUUCUUGCCAAUGAUACUUGAGACCCCCAAGUUCCUGAGAGUGCUUUAAAAGAAUGGGGGGGUUCCCCAUUUGGAACACUGUUUUUGAGUGGAAUUUAUUUAAGGCCCCAUGGAAAUGUUCAUGCUAGGGGUGGGAAAGAUGCCAGUUUCUUUCCGGGGUGAAUGCUUUCUUCAGGGAGGUUUCCCAGCCCCACCAGCAGCCCCCAAGUCCUUUGUGUCCCCAGGGCCUUCAUGUCCCCGGGGACCCCAGAGCACUUAGCAGAAUUAAACUUGUAAAUAGGCUUGGAAAUGCACCAUUGGCAGAUACCAGGAUGAGUCCCUUCUCUGUGGUGGUUUGGCCAGUUAGUGUGGCUGUGACGAGGGGAAGUUCUGGUAGUUUAUAAACUAUUUUAGGGGGUGUGACUUGGUUUCCCCUCCCUGUGUCUCCUCAGCCUCCCGUUCCACACAGGUUAGAGUUGUAGAGGGCUUGCUUUUGCCAGCAAUGGGUGUUGUGUAGCUUUAGUGCCCCUGAAACCUUUGGGGCUGUUUAGAAGCAGUUUCUUGGUUUCUGUCCUUGUACCCAGAGACCCCACCUCACCUGGGUCCCCCCUCUUCUCCCACAAGGCUCUUCAGGGACCAUAGCGGCCACAAGUCUGGCCAGCAUCUGGCUCUGGAAGAGAUGAAGUCUUUCGGAUGUGUUCUGUUUUGAGGAUGCCUUGGGGUGUGGGGGUCUGGGGUCCCUGAGUUGGGGCUUCGUGUGGGUCACCUACCUCCUGGUUUCACCCAAAGUCCUGCCUUGAACACCAGCGAGUUUCCUUCUGCUGUGAUAAUUGGGCAUUAAACAGUGGCGGCUC